AUGGCAACCACCACCGACCCACCCCUCCUCCUCUACGACCUCCUCUCAAGCCUCCAACCGCCCCAAUGGUCCCCGCACACCCUCCGCACCCGUCUCCUCCUAAACUACCUCAACAUCCCAUUCCGCACCGAAUUCCUCUCGUACCCUGAUAUCGAGCCCACGCUGGCUGAUCUGGGUUUGGAGGGGGUGGAACCGGUGGGGGGGUGGGAACGGGGGCCGGGGUGGACGGUGCCUGUGUUGCUGGUGCCGGGUGGGGAGGGUGAGGGAGAGGCUGUCAGUGGUACGUGGGGGAUUUUGGGAUGGGUCCAAAAACACUGGCCGGAAAAAGCUACGAUGUUGGGUGAUUUGGAGAUGGCGAAAGCCAUAGGACAAAAAAUCUUCGAAGAAGUCAUCACCCCCGCGCGCACUGUCAUAUGGCCCGUGUUGCCGCACAUCCUGGACGAGCGGGGUCAGGUAUAUUUCCGUCAAUCACGUCAACGCUGGCUCGGGAAGGACAUCGAAUCACUCCUCGCGCCGGUGGAGGAACAGGAGAGGAUUUGGGCGGAGCUGAGAACGACACUCAGGGGGCUACAACCGAGUGGGGGUGAGAGGUUUUUGGGUGGUGAUGGGGGGCCGGGGUAUGCGGAUUUCAUACUCGUUGCAUGUCUGGGAUGGAUCAAAGCCGUCUGUCCCGCAGACUGGGCAAGAAUAAUGGCGAAAGACCAAGACGAGGGUGCGGAAGUGUCGUGGCUCAGAAGCGUCUGGGACGGGUGCGAGAAAUGGAUGGUGUAG